AUGACGAUGACAGAGCUCGACCAUGAGACCCAGUCACUGGUGCAACGGCUCUACGAUGCGUGGAGUACUCAUGCGGAUUCAACAUUCUACCUCAGCUUUCGCGACCAACUACUCGCCAAGCGUGAACGGGUCGAUACAUGCAUAGCAACCUUGAAGACUAUUAUUACUGUUGCAUGUCCUCAGAUCAAUGAGACGGAACGAUAUCUCGAUCCGAGAUGGGAGGAGCUAUUCACUCUGGCAGAGUCUAUUGAGUCCAGUGCUCAGGAGGAAGACGGGAGUCUCGGAAAACGAAAGCGCGGGUACAACGAGGUUCAUCGUCUGCGCAAUCUAGCCGUAGUCUCGGCGUUGUGGUCGCCUGCCUUGGUUCGUUACUAUGGUUGGAAUACUGCCGCUCAAGGUUGUAUACGACUUUUGAAGACUUGCGCUUUGCGAUACCCAAACUUCAGCAGGCACUUUCGCCCCUACCUCAAUCGUGUCCUGCUCGACAGGCAUUGCCAGGCCAUUGUAUCUGGUCGUCUAAAGAAUCUUAACGAAGCCCCAUUGCAAUACCAUAGGGAUUUGAAUAUCGUGAUUGCGGGUGGUGUCGUCCCUGAUCCAGGGAUGGAGGAAUUAUGGGUGACUAGCUUCGAUGGAACGGUGCCUGUCGAUUCCAAUGGCCGUCUUCUCAAGGACUUAAGACCAUACCAUGUUCACCAGUAUCUCCUGUGUCGCGACCGCUACGGCAUGCUUGUCACUAGAGGAGAUUGCCAAGACGUACCGACAGCCAUGCAUCAACAGUCCGACUUCUCACAUGCACUGGAGGUGCAUGAAGAAAUCUUUACACAGGAUAACAGUGACGUCGCGUAUGUUCCCGAUAUCACGUUCUCUCCGAUUUUCACGCCAUCAGGAGUGAACGAGGUUUUCGAUGACUUUGCGUUCAAUCAUCAAGAUGAACCUUCAAAUCAUCACCCAGAUGAUGUUUCUACUAUCACCUUUCCCAGCGAUGAUACUAUUGGCCUGGCCUUGAAUGUAGACGAAGUGCCGAUCACGGAGAACAUCACUAGCUCAGAUUUAUCUGAUCUAGGUCGAGGGAUCAAGAGAAAUAACAGGAGGCAGUCGCAAGAGGAGGUUGUUACCAGGGUGACGAGAACCGCAAAAGAGACACCAACCACGACUGGACCUACAAAGCCUCAUUCCGAAAUGAGUAUACAUUCUGGGUCACCGAAGAGGAGGCUCACAAUAGAAGAUGAGCUGCACAACAGAUACGACCAGAUGUUGUCGAAUUAUAUCCAGCAACUAAGUGAUGAAGCAGUACCAGGCUACGCACAGCGGCGAGCGCGAUCGCAAUGGCUCACGCAAGACACCAGGUUGGCAAGGAUAUGGUCAAUAUCUCAAUCUAGGGGUAUGCUACCUGGCAGUGCCACUUCAAAAGCCGAUUGCGAUAUUCUGUGUUGUUCUGUAGAUGAUAUGCUUGAAGCAGCACGAUCUGGGGAAGUUUUCCAGAAGCCUGUGGUCAUCAAGGAAUCAUUCUCUGAUGCCGGCAUGCACAACUAUGAGCGCUUCUUAUCGCUGCUCGAAGAUGCUUUCAACUCUGAGGAACAAGCAGAAGUUCGCUGUAUCAACAUCGAACAGCCCAUGUGCGAAGCCCUUGGACAGUUUACCGCCUAUUUGCGUUCGCAUCCUAAAGAUACAAAUGGGUUCUGGAUGUCAACCUCGCGCAGUGUGGCUAAUUGUCAUCGUCCACUCUUCACGAUGUUAACUCGUUUUCGACUCUUGGAGAGUGUUACUGCAGGUCUUCACGACAACCGCUUCAACUUAGCGUCACCGCCCCUAGGCAUGACCAUGUCUGCCAACUCUAACACUAUCUCUUUCCCUGGCUCAUUUUCUGGUGCUUAUAUCAAUACUGCAGCGGGUAGCUGGCAGCGUAAUCUAUCCGGUAUACAACUCUGGGUCUUUGUGCCAGAGAAAGGAAUGGAUCCAAGCGACUUUGCAGGUUUGGCGAAUGGAGAGAAUGAUUGGGUACCGCUAGGGAGGCAACGCUUGGUUGUCUUGGAAGAAAACGAUGUCCUGUUUGUUCCCCCUGGACUGCGACUUGUGCAGGCAUGGCACACGCCGGUGACUUGCCUGACGGAGCAAGGAAUGUUAUGGGAUGAUCUGAGUGUCCUGCCAAUCUUAGAAAGCAUGCUCUUGAGUUAUGAGAAUCAAGCUGCGCAUGAGAGUCGCAAUUCAAAACAGCUCUGUCGUAUGAUCAACAACCUCGACUGCCUGAUCAGGGAGCAACCCGAUCGAUUCAGGAAGAGCAUGGCACAGGAUGAAUUCUUGGCUCGCUUUCGGGCAGCCAGUCAAUCAUGGCUCGAGUUCCCUUCAGAUAAUCAGGAAUCAAAUUAA